AUGGCGCGGCAAGUCUUGGUGGAUGAGGAGCUCUCACAGAUGUCCACCGAGGAGGAUCUGGAGAAAGUGGAGGAGAAGGCUGCUUGGAGGGAAAGGUACAUCGUGCCCUUGGUCUUCGUGGGCUUCAUCAUCAUUCGCGCCCUGGACCGGAUCUUCCUGUAUCGUGUCCAGAAGUCCAUGGCCGACUACACGGCGAUCUUGAUGAGUAUCUAUUGGCCCCCUAUGGUGCAGGUGAUGUGUUUCUUCGUCUCCUUGGGCUAUGUCUUCAACAAGCGCCGGAGUGACAAGUCCUUCGGCCUCUCCUGGUUCUCGCCCUUCAGCGAACGCGCCUCCACCCAGGGAGCGGUCCCGCAGAAGUGGAUCGCGCAGUUCGCGCUCUACGACCAGAUCAACGCCAUCGUCAGUGCGCCGCCCUCGCCCUUCAUCCCGCUGGUCUUGCAGACGCCACUGAACAACUUAGUGGUGCUCUUCACUGCUUUGAUCGCCUAUUUCUACCUGAAGACCCGCUUCAAGAUGGUGCACUAUGCAGGCAUUUGCAUCAUCCUUUGCUCUUGCUUAGUGGGAGUUCUGGUGGAGUUGCAAGGCCCUGCGCCCAUCAUUUGCAAGGGUCUUCACGAGGCAGAGGCGGCCUUAGCCAACCCAGCCACUGCGGCCACUGUCUCUCAAGAGACCAGAUGGUUGGUGGCCAACGCCACAGACGAUUGCACGACUGGGCUCCCACCCUAUAAGGACGCCGAUGGAAAGAUUAUCUACAUCAGUUUUGGAACUUUGGCCACGAUGUACUGCCUCUACAUUUUUGCCAUCGUCCCAUCAGCCUUCAGCAACUGCUACAAGCAGAAGAAGCUGAAACAGGUGAACUUGGACGUGAUGUGGUCCUUUUUCUGGUCAGGUAUGUGGCAGGUGAUUUGGGGCUUCUUGUUGUAUCCCUUGUCCUGGGUGCCUUGGCCCACUCCGACGGGAUAUAACAGCGCAGGGCCUUCCACCUUGGGUCAGGACUUGAGGGAUUCCUGGACCUGCUUCAUGGGACGGAAUCCCAAGCCCUCGGUGACCACCUGCGACGCCGAGCCCGCGUGGAUGUGGUUCAUGAUGUAUCUGCUCUUCAACGUCUUUUUCAACCUCUUCUUCCUUUGGUUGAUCAAACGCCUCAGUGGAACCUGGGCCUCCAUCGGCUCCAGGGAGCUCGUGCUUUAG